UUUCCACGCUCCCCUCCGAGAGCUCUACCCAGCUACCAUGGUAGGAAAACAUGGUUUCCUGCCAGCGGCGCGGCGCUCGUGCAGCAGCAGAUGGCGACGCAUUCCUGGACCCGUUUCCCCUGCCCAUCUCCACGCCCGCUCCCAGCAUGCCACAGCAGUAGCGCCCACAUGGAGGCCGUCUUCGGCCCUCGACGAAUGGGUGCAGCGCGAAGCCAGGCCUAUCAGCUUACGCCAGUUGACUUUCUUCGGGAGGACCCUGACCGAGUCGCGUCUGUUGGAUUCGGCCAAUUACUGCAGACUAGAGCUGCCGACCAGGCUUGCCCAUCGCCUCCGCGAUAUCCAAACUCUGCCCUAUGUUGUCGUCGCCAAUCCUCACCUUGCUCAUGUCUACGAGUUGUAUCUGCGAGCCUUUGAGCGUUUUCGUCGCAUCCCCGAGAUACGCUCGCUCCAAGACAACGACAAGUACUGCAAGAUACUCGAGGAGACUCUCACUGAGCAUGCUACCGUCAUCCCCCGCUUGGCCACGGGCGUCUUGGAGGUGCGGGGCCUGAUCAAGGCUGAAGAGACGGACAAGUUCAUGACUACCAUGCUGCGAUCGCGUAUAUCUCGAAGGGUCAUUGCCGAGCAGCUUCUUGCCCUGACCGAGACCUUCAACUCACCAUGGCAUUUCCCGCAUGCCCAGCGCCCUCCGCACGACCAAGAGGCUGUUGGUGAAAUCUUCUUGCGAUGCAGCGCGAAAGAGAUUGUCGAAGGUUGUGGCAAGACGAUGCAGGAGCUGAUCAGACGCACCUAUGGCCCGGAUAUUGCCAUUCCCGAGAUCAAAGUCUACGGCCACGUGGACGCAACCUUUCCCUAUAUCCUCAGCCAUCUAGAGUACAUCAUUGGCGAAUUAUUGCGAAACUCGAUCCAGGCUGUCAUCGAACAGUCCCAGCCCAAGGAUGCAGCGCUCCCACCAAUUGAGGUUUUGAUCUGCGAAACCUCUCAGCACGUCAUCAUCCGCAUCUCUGACCGGGGCGGUGGUAUCCCAAACGAGGUCUUGCCCUAUCUGUGGAGCUUCAGUAAGGGACCGCGACGUGAGAAGCGAAUGGAGAACCUAGCAAGGGUCCCGAAGCUGCUCGGUACGCUGCAAGAGCUGCAGGUCCCAGGUGACGAGUCUGCUGCGCAGAUACAUCAAAAAUUAGAUAGGAGAUCCAGGCAUGGCGAUUCGGGUUCGCACAUGGGCUCCUUGUCUUCACUGACCAGCCGUGCCCCAGACUUGCGCCUCGGCAUCGGGCUUCCCAUGUCGCGGCUGUAUGCAGAGUAUUGGGCUGGAAGUCUCGAGAUACACAGUCUUGAGGGCUACGGCGUCGACGCCUUCCUGCAGAUAUCAAAACUCGGCAACAAGAACGAACGCCUUGUCAUGAGAGCCUCUAUGGAUGCCAUUUAAACAACACCUCGCCAUUCUGGAAGGCGGCACCGCAUUAUCUGUGCCUUGUUGUUACCGAAUGAGCGGCCUGGAAGGCGCCGUUGGCCACUUUCACUAACCCAACGUCAAAAUGCCAGCCAGACCCUGGCUCUGAAUGCUUCUCUUCACUUCCCGUAUCGCCGCAUUCUUCUCGCACAUCCAUUGGUGCUAGCAAUACAGCAUGUAUAUUGAACCUCAU